CGUAGAUUUGAAUAGAUCUCGCCUCUUCAGCGGCGUUGACUCAGAGAGCUGCUUGUCAAGCAUCAAGUGACACAGGAACCAAACAGACUGUGCAGUCCUCCACACCUAGACAUCAACCACCACAUCUCUCAGUGUUUAAGUUCCAGUCCACAGGGUUUGGUCAUGGCAGCACAAGUGAUUCCCCCGGAAGAGUUGGAGGAGCUGAGAGAGGCCUUCGCCAAGAUUGAUGUGGACAAAAAUGGCUUCAUCACCAAGGACGAGCUGAACGAGCUCUUCAAGGCGGCUAACUUGGCUCUGCCGGGAUACAGAAUCCGAGAAAUCAUCCAGGAGCUGACCAAGACCAGCAAUCAGCUAACCUUUGAGGAGUUCACUCACGUUGUCCAUGGACUCAAGAGCACUGAGGUGGCCAAGACCUUCAGGAAAGCCAUCAACAAGAAGGAGGGGAUCUGCAGCGUGGAGGGAACCUCAAAGCAGUCUGGCACUCAGCAUUCCUACUCAGAGGAGGAGAAAGUGGCUUUUGUAAACUGGAUCAACAAAGCCCUGGAGAAGGAUCCUGACUGUAAACAUGUUCUUCCCAUGGAUCCAGACAGCGAUGACCUCUUCACUGCCAUGGGAGAUGGGAUCAUCCUGUGCAAAAUGAUCAACCUGUCAGUCCCCGACACCAUUGAUGAGAGAACCAUCAACAAGAAGAAGCUUACACCGUUUACUAUCCAGGAGAACUUGAAUCUGGCUCUGAACUCAGCGUCGGCCAUCGGCUGCCAUGUGGUGAACAUAGGAGCCGAGGACCUGAAGGAGGGCCGGCAGCAUCUGGUCCUGGGUUUACUGUGGCAGGUUAUCAAAAUCGGGCUGUUUGCUGACAUCGAGCUCAGCCGGAACGAAGCUCUGAUUGCUCUGCUGCGAGAUGGCGAGAGUCUGGAAGAUCUGAUGAAACUGUCCCCUGAGGAGCUCCUGCUGCGUUGGGCCAACUAUCACCUGGAGGAGGCCGGCUGUGGAAAGAUCAAUAACUUCAGCUCCGACAUCAAGGAUUCCAAAGCAUAUUACAACCUGCUAAACCAAGUGGCACCUAAAGGAGAUGAGGAGGGAAUUGCAGCCAUCAUCGUGGACAUGUCAGGAAUCAGGGAGAAAGAGGACCUAAAGAGGGCCGAGUGCAUGCUGGACCAGGCUGACCGGCUCAGCUGCAGGCAGUUUGUCAUGCCGGCUGAUGUCGUCCGUGGAAACCCAAAGCUCAACUUGGCUUUUGUUGCCAACCUGUUCAAUAAGUACCCGGCUCUGAAGAAGCCAGAGAACCAGGACAUCGACUGGAGUUCCAUUGAAGGUGAAACCAGGGAGGAGAGGACCUUUAGGAACUGGAUGAACUCUCUAGGUGUGAAUCCCCGGGUCAACCACCUUUACGCAGACAUUGAUGACGCCCUGGUGAUCUUCCAGCUCUAUGAAAAGAUUAAGGUUCCUGUGAACUGGGACAGGGUCAACAAGCCCCCAUACCCCAAACUGGGCAGCAACAUGAAGAAGCUGGAGAACUGCAACUACGCUGUGGAGCUGGGCAAAAAUGAGGCCAAGUUCUCUCUGGUCGGCAUUGCUGGUCAGGACCUGAACGCAGGGAAUCGAACCCUUACCCUUGCUCUACUCUGGCAGCUCAUGAGGAGGUACACUCUGAACAUCCUCGAGGACCUCGGUGACGGACAGAAGGUGACAGAUGACACGAUUGUGUCCUGGGUCAACGACACGCUCACGCAUGCAGAAAAGAACACCAUCUCCAGCUUUAAGGACAUGUCUAUCAGCAGCAGCAUGCCGGUUCUGGACCUGAUCGAUGCCAUCCAGCCCGGAUCCAUCCGAUAUGACCUGGUGAAGGCAGAAGACCUGACGGAGGAGGAAAAACUCAACAACGCGAAGUAUGCCAUUUCCAUGGCCAGGAAGAUCGGCGCGCGGGUCUACGCCCUGCCUGAAGACCUGGUGGAGGUCAAGCCGAAGAUGGUGAUGACGGUUUUCGCCUGCCUCAUGGCUCGCGGCAUGAAGAGAGCCUAAAACCUGACUCAGCAACCUCCCACUCAUGACCCAGAAGAUCCAGAAUGUGAAAACAGACCCCUGGAUUCCCUCUUUGAUGUCUGUUCCAGGCCUUUUAAAAGAAUGAUAAAGAACAGAAGUGUCAUUAAGAUGCUGUAGUUCAACUUUGAAAAGAACAAAACAGAAAAGUGAAUUUCAAAGAAUUUUAGCCAUAAAAUCCGGCUGAUCUAGAAGCUCUUUUCACCUGAAAAAAACCCCCAGAAUGUUCCCUUAAAAACUGUUUAAGAAUGAAGACUCUGAUUUGGCAAACACAAAAUUCAAUCUUUUGUUGAAGGUCUGGCCAUUGAAAAUAUCAGAUUCUCUCUGGGCCUCUGACCAGUCUGAUUUUAAACCAGCUUCUGGCACCAUUUCGGUUUGAAACCUAGAGCACUGAAGCCGCUUCUUUUUUUUGCAAACAUGAAACAUUUGUCUCUUCGGUCCACUGUUUCUGAUUUAGAAACACGUUUCAGAUGCUUAACAGACAUGAAUUCACAGUUUUUAUUAAAACUAUUUCUGAAGUGGA